AUGAUUAGUGCAUUACGUUUUAUUAUUAAUGAUUUACAUACAUUUGAUGAUAUUACUGAAUGUAAAAAUUAUAUCAGUUCGAUUAGAACAGAUGAAAAAAUUCUUUUUAUUGUCUCCGGUCAAUUAGGUGAAAAAAUUAUACCGGACAUAUAUGAGUCACCAAAAAUUGUAUCAAUUUAUAUAUUUUGUCGAAAUAAAACAAAACAUGAAACAUGGUCUAAGGAAUAUAAAGCUAAGAUACAAGGUGUUUUUAAUGAUAAAAGUUUACUCUACUCGAAACUUAUAUCAGAUGUUAAAGUGCAACUACGAAAUUUUUUGUCAAUAAGUGUAUUGAGUGAAAAUGUCAAACAAAAAUCGAUCAUAGAUCUAAAUAGACAAAGUGUGUCUUUUAUAUGGUUUCAAUUAUUGAUUGGAAUUUUGAUUCAUUUGAAACAUGAUGAAAAUGCCAAAGAUGAAAUGGUAAAUGCAUGUCGAAAACAAUAUAAAGGUAAUUCAUGUAGAACAGAACAAAUCGAAAAGUUUUCUGUAGAAUAUAAACCUGAUAGAGCCAUUGAAUGGUAUUGUAAAGAUAGUUUUGUUUAUCGUCUUUUAAAUCGAGCACUACGUACAGAAAAUAUUGAUAUUAUAUAUAAAUUUCGGUUCUUUAUUACCGAUCUUCAUUAUGGAUUGAGCCAAUUACGUUGGCAAUGCUCGAAUCAACCAAUAGAAGUCUAUCGUGCACAACAAAUGUCAAUAAAUGAAAUAAAAAUAUUAGAAGAAAAUCAAAAUGGUCUUAUUUCGGUAAAUAAUUUUUUUUCAACAAGUAAAUCCUAUAUGAAUGCCGAAGGAUUUGUCGAUAGUGGGACAUUUAACUAUCCGAAGGUUGUUUUUACAAUUAAAAUCGAUAAUUCAAUUGGUAAUGAUCAGAUAUUUACUACCAUUGAAGAUUUGAGUAAUUAUGAUCAAGAAAAAGAAGUCUUAUUUACUAUUGGUACAGUAUUUCGUGUUGUUUUUGUUGAACAAGUUACUGACACAUACUGGUCUGUUGAAUUAUCAUUAGACAAAAAAAUCAAUGUUGAACUAAAGCAUCUUAUAGAUAAUUUUGAGGAAAUGAUUGGUGAAAAACCGACAGUCGCUCAUUUAGGUAAUGCUCUAUUUUUUAUGGGUGAUUAUAACAGAGCUGAAAAAUAUAACAGAGCUUUACUUGGACAAUUGCCACCAAAGCAUGAUUAUAUAUUAUUAGUUAACAUUAAUAUAGGAGAUGCUUAUUUAAAUAGAGGAGAUUAUCCUAUGGCAUCAGAAUUUUAUGAUAAAGCUCUCUCAAUAGCAACCGAUUUACAACCAAACCCUCAUAUUUAUCUUGCUCUAACGUAUAGUUCUAUUGGAUUGUUAAAUGAUAAAUUAAGUAAAUAUGAUGAAGGAAUCGAAUGUUUGACGAAAGCACGUGAUAUUAAAUUGAAAUAUAUAUCAUCAGACAGUCGAGAUAUGAUUUGUAUAUACAAUAAUCUUGCGAUGACUUAUAGACAUAAAGCUAAUUAUAGAAAUUCAUUAGAAUAUUAUAAGAAAAUACUUCAUAUUAAAUCAUCAUUCUAUGGUUUAGAUCCAACAUUAGCUUCGAUGUAUAAUAAUAUAGCAUUGGUUUAUACUGAAUUAAAUGAUAAUGAUGAGGCAUUAUCUAAUUAUAUGAAGGCAUUAGAAAUUGAACUUAAAUUUCUUCCUUCGAAUCAUGAUAAGAUUGGCACGACAUAUAAUAAUAUUGGUUUAUUAUAUAGAAAUAAACUUCAUUAUAAUGAAGCAUUGAGUAAUUAUGAAAAAGCUCGUGAAAUAUUUUUAAAUAGCUUAGGAAAAGAUCAUCUCAAUAUUGCAUCUGUUGACCACAAUAUUGGAGAUAUUUAUUAUAAAAUUGGUCAAUUUGAUAAAGCAUUCGAUUAUUUUAAAGAAGCCAUUGAUAUUCAAUCGAAAUUGCUUUCAGACAAUCAUGUCGAUCUUGCAAAAUCAUUUAAUAGCAUGGCAGCAAUUUAUUGUCAAAAAGAAAAUUAUGCUGAAGCACUUGAUUAUUGUAAAAAGGCACAUGAUAUACAAACGAAUUGUUUACCCAAGAAUCAUCCUGAUUUAGCUGCAACUUAUAUUAACUAUGGUACAAUUAACUUAAAAUCAAAUAAAUAUAGUGAGGCAUUGAAAUACUAUGAAGAUUCUCUCGAAAUUAUGUUAACACUAUAUAAAGAUGAUCAUUGUGAUCUUCAAUCGACUUAUGAUGCUAUCGGAGAAAUUUAUUUGUCAAUUGAAAACUACGAAAAAUCAAUUGAAUAUUAUGAAAAAGCGCUUAAGAUUCAACUGAAAAUGUUACCUCAAACAGAGAAUGAAGUACGUUUAACAUUCAGUUGUUUAGGAUCAGCUUAUAGUAAACAAGGUAAUUAUUCGGAAUCAAUAAAAAAUUUUGAAAAAGCAUUGCAAAUUCGUUCAAAAUCAGAAAAUCAACUUGAAAUAGCGAGCAUAUUUUCAUCUAUGGGAUUUAAUUAUCAAAACCAACGUAACUAUUCUGAAGCGUUGAGAUAUUAUGAAAAAACAAUUGAAAUUCAUUCAAAUCUAUUAACAACGUUUUAUCGUAGUCAAGCAGUAACUAAUAAUAAUAUUGGAAACGUUUAUUUUGAUCAAAAUAAAUAUCCUGAAGCACUGGAAUAUUUCAAGAUUUCUCUCAAUAUGCAAAUGAAAUAUUUCGAAACAAAUUAUUCAGAUCAAAUUCAUAUUUAUUAUAAAAUAGGUCAUACUUAUAGAAAACUAAAAGAAUAUGAUAAUGCAAUUAUUAAUUAUAAAAAAGCACUUGAGAUUCAAACAAAUUAUCUAUCAUUAAAUGAUGAUAAAUUUGCAAAAACAUUUUAUUAUAUUGGAUAUACAUUCUACGAACAGGAAAAUUCAGCCAAUGCAUUGGAUUACUUUAAUAAAGCAUUAGAAAUUCAAUUAAAAUAUACUGAUAUACACUCUGAAGAUCUAUCAAUAACAUAUAAUAAUAUAGCUGGUGUAUAUUUAAGAGAUAAAAACUAUGACAAAGCUAUUUUUAAUGCCAAUGAGUCGAUGAAAUAUUGUCCUAAAAAUCAUGAAUUAUCAAUUGCAUCGUACGAUAUAAUAGGUAUCAUAUAUUUAGAACAAAAGCAAUUUCACAACGCUCUAGAUGCUUAUUCAGAAAAGAUUAAUAUUAUGAAAGAUAUAUCGUAUGAAAAUCGUUUAGAAUUAUCAAAAACUUAUCAUAAUAUAGGAAUGAUGCACUUUUACGAAUUGAAUUAUGAUCUAGCUCUUGCUAAUUUUCAACAAGAACUUGAUAUUGAAUUAGAAAUACUUGAAUCAACUCAUCCGAAUCUUGCUGUUACAUAUCAUCACAUUGCUCGAGUUUAUGGCAAAAAACAAAAUUCUAAGAAGAAAUUAGAAUAUUUUCAUAAAGAAUUGAAUAUUCGUUUGACAACACCACAAUUGAAUUAUUCCGAUUUAGCAGCUAAUUAUCAUAAUCUUAGUCUGACAUAUUACGAACUAUUAGACUUCGUUGGUGCAUUCAAAAUGAAUGAAGAAGCACUUAAAAUAGCUUGUGAACAUUUGUCAAAUGAUUAUGAAUUUCUCAUAACAUUAUACUGUGAUGCAGGUGCGAUGUAUUUCACAGAGAAAGAUUAUGAUAAAUCACUCGAAAUUUAUGAAAAAGCAAUUGAAAUAGGAUUAAAUUAUUUGCCUGUUGACGAUGUCAAUCUUAAAAAUAUUUACGAAAUUCUUGAUGAAAUUUAUUAUAAAAAAAAUAAUUUGAUUGAUCUUUCAUCUAAGAAUAUUUCACAAACUAAACAAUUUACUUCAUUAACAUAUUAUACAAUUGGAAAUAUUUUCAAUAAAAUGAACAACUAUGAACGAGCACUUGAGUUAUAUCAAAAUGCUCAUCAAAUUGAAUUGCAAAUGUUAUCAACAAAUCGUUUGUAUAUUGAAAAAUAUCAAGACAGUAUUGCACAGGCAAAAACAAAUCUUACAAAAUCUACAUUGGAAUAA